AUGGCGGCCAACGCAGCUUCUCAUGUCGACCAAGGCUCUCUUGCUGCAAUAUUCAACUCCAGCGUGGAUCCUAAUACAGCUGUAUCGCAACCAACACUGCAAUGUGUCCAAGUCAAGCCUUUGGUUGGGCAGCAAGGCGCUCCAGAGCGCUUCAGAGUUGUUUUCAGCGAUAUCAACAAUUUCGUGCAGAGCAUGCUUGCCACUCAAGCAAACCAUGUGGUUCAUGAUGGCAAGCUUCGGAAAGGCUGUUUCGUAAAGUUAAAGUCAUACCAGGCGAAUCAGGUGAAGGGGAAAAGAAUUAUUAUAGUCCUCGAUCUCGACGUCCUACAAGAGCUUGGAGAAUGUGAUAAGAUCGGCGAACCGAAGGCAUUGGAAUUCAAGGCAGAAGAUGACACCAAGCCGCAAUCAACCACCAUUGCCACCAAUGGAUUCUACGGAAACAAGCCAGCUCAGCAACAAAACCAGCAGCAAUCUCUACCCUCGAGGACAAACGCAACCUCAUCAGCUUCACACGCCACCAUCUAUCCAAUCGAGGCACUGUCUCCAUACGCACAUAAAUGGACUAUCAAGGCUCGGUGUACCAGCAAGCCUCCCAUCAGGACAUGGCAUAACAAAAACGGCGAGGGAAAACUCUUCAGUGUCAACCUGCUGGACGAGAGCGGGGAGAUUAAGGCUACUGGGUUCAAUGAUCAAUGCGAUGCGCUAUUUGAUGUUUUCCAGGAGGGUCAAGUCUACUACAUUACCAGUCCUUGUCGAGUCAACAUGGCUAAGAAGCAAUUCUCGAACGUCAACAACGAUUACGAGCUAUCCUUCGAGCGUGAUACGCUGGUUGAAAAGGCCGAGGAGCAAAACGGUGUUCCGCAGGUACGCUUCAACUUCACCAACAUCGCCGAUCUCCAAACCGUCGAAAAAGACACAACUAUCGAUACAAUUGGUGUCCUCAAAGAGGUCGGAGAGACUUCCCAGAUCAUCUCCAAGACUACAAGCAAGCCGUACGACAAGCGCGAUCUCACCCUUGUUGAUAAUACCGGGUACUCUGUGAAACUAACGAUAUGGGGUGAUACGGCCCAAAAGUUCGACGUGAUGCCCGAGUCUGUUGUUGCUUUCAAAGGCCUCAAAGUUUCUGAUUUUGGAGGCCGAAGCUUGAGUCUGCUCAUGUCAGGAUCUAUGACAAUAGACCCGGAUAUAGAUGAAGCCCACAAACUCAAAGGUUGGUAUGACGCUCAAGGCAAGAAUGAUACAUUCAUGUCUCAUCAAGGGAUGAGCUCUGUGGGCGCAGCUGGUGGACGAAACGAGGCGACGAAGUCAAUUAUGCAGGUCAAGGAAGAGAACCUCGGCAUGUCAGAAAACACGGAUUACUUCACUACAAAGGCGACGAUCAUUUACGUGAAGCAGGACAACGUCUCAUAUCCUGCGUGUCUGUCGGAAGGCUGCAACAAAAAGGUUCUCGAGGUCGAGCCUGGACAAUGGCGAUGCGAGCGCUGUGAUAAGGCUCAUCCCAAGCCAGAGUAUCGAUAUAUUAUGUCGAUCAAUGUCAGCGACUACACUGGUCAACUUUGGCUGAGUUGUUUCGACGACGUAGGGAGGAUGAUUAUGGGCAUGAGCGCGGAUCAGUUGAUGGAGCUGAAGGAGAACGACGAGAAGGCGGCUGGAGAUGCUUUUCAAGAAGCAAACUGCAAGACUUUCAUGUUCAAAUGCCGAGCGAAGAUGGACAGUUUCCAGGACCAGCAAAGGGUGCGAUACCAGGUUUCUGGAGCCAACGCACUAAAUUAUUCGAGCGAGUGCACGAAGCUGACACAGAUGAUCAAAGAGUACAGCAUGACUUAA